ACAGCGUUGCCUCUGUGGAUGUGUGGGACGACUGAUCACAAGUGAUAUUAUUUUAUUAGGAUAGCCUUGCAUCUGUAUAUUCUCGUCAACUCAAGAUCUCUGUCUCUGAGGAAAGCAGCCCCUUGGCGAAGCGUCUCAGUGAUGAGCUUAAGAUUCUGAUUGGCUGCGAUCUGUCUCCACUGUGAUGAGUGACAGCAGCAGGUCUGUUCUGAGCUAACCCACUCAGAUCUACACAGCCAGUGCUAACAGGACGAAGAGCACCCACCCAGGGCAGUGUCAUGGCGCUGAUGGGCAAACGCGGGGCUCGGGUUCUGCUCAGGGGCCUCCUCCUGCUGCUGGGGGUCACGAGUCUCUGCAGCAUCACAUCUGCAACUAGGAGAGGAGCCACGCUGGAACACAGAGCACACACACACAGACAUCCAGGUCGCAAAUCCCUCCACAGACACCAUCACCGCUCGGGGAAGGUGGGUCAGGUGCUGCACCGCUCCAAGCGAGGCUGGGUGUGGAACCAGUUCUUUGUGAUUGAGGAGUACACCGGCCCAGACCCCGUCUUAGUGGGCAGGCUCCACUCAGACGUGGACUCGGGUGACGGAAAUAUCAAAUACAUUCUGUCAGGAGAAGGGGCUGGCACCAUCUUUGUCAUUGAUGAUAAAACGGGCAACAUCCACGCCACCAAGACGCUGGACCGAGAGGAGCAGGCUCAGUACACACUCACAGCUCAGGCCGUUGCCCGGGACACCAACAAACCCCUAGAGCCUCCCUCUGAAUUCAUUGUCAAAGUGCAAGACAUCAAUGACAACCCCCCUGAAUUCCUGCACGGACCCUACUAUGCCAGUGUGCCAGAGAUGUCCAAUGUUGGCACGUCAGUGAUGCAGGUGACAGCCACAGACGCAGAUGACCCCACGUAUGGGAACAGUGCUCGUCUGGUCUACAGCAUCCUCCAGGGGCAGCCAUACUUCUCUGUGGAGUCUCAGACUGGCAUCAUCCGGACAGCAUUACCCAACAUGGACCGGGAGGCGCGUCAGGAGUACGACGUGGUGAUCCAGGCCAAGGACAUGGGCGGCCACAUGGGGGGGCUCUCUGGGACCACUGAGGUCAAGAUCACCCUGACAGACGUGAAUGACAACCCACCCAAGUUCCCCCAGAGUGUGUACCAAAUGUCUGUCUCUGAGGACCGCGUGCCAGGGGAGGAAGUGGGUCGAAUCAAGGCUAAAGAUCCCGACCUGGGAGACAACGGCCUGGUGACGUACAGCCUGCUGGACGGGGACGGGCUGGGCGUGUUCGAGCUGUCCACUGACUCCGAGACCAGGGAAGCGGUCAUCAAGCUCAAGAAGCACGUGGACUAUGAGACCAAGAAGAUGUACACACUCAAAGUGGAGGGAUCGAACCCAUAUUUGGACCCUCGUUUCAUGUCCUGGGGCCCCUACAAGGAUGAAGCCACAAUAAAGAUCUCAGUGGAGGAUGAGGAUGAGCCUCCCGUGUUUAUAGCCCCCAGUUACACAUUCGAGGUGGAGGAGAAUGCACCAGAGGGCACCAUGGUGGGACUAGUUCAUGCCAAGGACACCGAUGUGGCUAACAACCCAGUUAGGUACAUGAUCCCUCGCUACACCGAUGUGGAGCAGUUCUUCAGCAUCAACUCAGAGGACGGCAGGAUCACCACCACCAGACCCCUGGACCGAGAAACGCAGGCCUGGCAUAACAUCUCUGUGUCCGCCACUGAGAUAGGAGGCCACCAUCAGGACACAAAAGUUCGUGUCAAUAUCAAAGUCAAAGACAUGAAUGACAACCCCCCUGAGUUUGCAACCAACAACGAAGUGCUGAUGUGUGACACUGUGGCUCCAGGGAAGGUGAUUGAAACAGUGAGUGCCGUGGACAAAGACGAAAUGGCCCACAGACAACACUUCACCUUCAGCCUGGCCCCAGAGGUCACCCACAACAACAACUUCUCCCUCAAAGAUAACAGAGACAGUACUGCCAGUAUCUACGUUCUGCGAAAAGGCUUCAGUCGCCUUACUCAGGAUGUGUACUUCCUCCCUAUUGAGAUCAACGACAACGGUGUCCCAGCUUUGAGCUCCACCAACACACUGACCAUCCGCGUGUGCUCCUGUGAUGCCCGGGACACCAUCCUGUCCUGUAACGUGGAGCCCUACGUCCUGCCCGCUGGCCUCAGUACAGGGGCGCUCAUCGCAAUCCUGGCGUGCAUCGUCAUUCUGCUCGCGAUCGUGGUUCUGUUUGUGGCCCUGCGGCGUCAGAAGAAGGAGCCUCUGAUUGUGUUUGAGGAGGAGGACAUCAGGGAGAACAUCAUCACAUAUGACGACGAGGGAGGAGGAGAAGAAGACACUGAGGCUUUUGACAUUGCCACGCUGCAGAACCCAGAUGGAGCUAAUGGCUUUCUGCCCAGAAAGGACAUGAAGCCGGAGCUACAGUGCCCCUUGAGACCCGGCAUGGGACAUCCUGCGCCCAACAGUGUGGAUGUGGACGAUUUCAUCAAGACGCGGAUUGCUGAGGCAGACUGUGACCCCACAGCGCCCCCUUAUGACUCUAUUCAGAUCUACGGUUAUGAGGGCAGGGGAUCCCUGGCUGGAUCCCUCAGCUCUCUGGAGUCCGUUACCACAGAGUCUGACUUGGAUUAUGACUAUCUGCAGAGCUGGGGGCCACGCUUCAGGAAACUGGCCGAUUUGUACGGGACCAAAGACUGUUCGCUUCCUGACGCUGAUGAGGCAGACGACUCUUAACAGUGGACUCCUCAGCAGAUGCCCCUGCACAUUAGUGAUUCCAUCAGGAUCUGAGCUUAGUUAUUUCAACAACAACUAGUGAAUGAACGGUUUAGGCAAAUUUGUUAAUAUUUAUGAUGGUGCAUUCAUAAACAGAAUCUUCACCUUUCCUCUUCCUCUUCCAGGACCUGGGCUAGAAAAUAAUGUCUGCCAUUGUGGUUUAACUUGAUUAAAAUGACUGAAAGAAUUUGGACAACCUUCCUAUAAGAUGACAUUCCUGCGUGCGCAGAUGAAAUAGAUGAUUGUGAAACUGUUAGAAUGAAUUGUCAACCAUUGUUGUGUGUCUUGAAUAAGCGGAUAUUAUAUCUGAAUGACAGACUCUGGGUUGUUGAUACUUUGAAGACACUGUCUUCACAGUGUGGUGGCCUUAUAAUAAAUCUACAACAAUCCCAGAGGCUGAAGGAGAGCAUUUGAGAGCACACACCUCCAGGAUUGUGUGAAGGCUCCUGAAACCUUUUUUACAAUGUGGACACAAGACUGUGUUAUCAUCCCACACCACAUCUGAGAAGAACAUUCCCACUGUGUGUCCUCUGUCCAGUCACUCACCAACAUGGCACCUCCCACAAAUGAUCACAUCUUCACCUGUUUCACCAAUGAUCAAUCAGUGAAAACCUGUGAGCUGGAAAACGCCUUAAACCUUACGGACACAGUGCAUUCUCUUUUGAUUUGUUUUUGUAAUUUGAGAAGUAAAAAUGAAAGAUGACUCCAAGUUACAAAUGUAUGAAACUGAGCUAUGUACAGGACAUAGAAACAACAGGGCUUCAAUCAUGACUCAACACAGACAAAGUCCACUCAUAUGAGUGCCACAAUAUACUGUACAUCUAAUAAGCUAAGCAAUUUACCAUCUGACCAUUUCCUUCUCUCUCACCACAGUGCAUCCUGUUGUGUUCCUUCACCACCAACAAAAAGGUGUCACUGGCUGUAACAGAAAGUGUAUCCAGUGUAAAAAGUAAAAUCACUGUGAGAGGGAAGUGUGUGGACCAUGUACAGUGGAGGAGCAUACACAUGAGUAGAAGUCGAAGAAGUUCCUCUGAGUGCUCUGGUCACAAUGCCCCAUAACAACAUGCCACAGUGUAUCCUCUGUGGGUGUGGGAGUGUCUUUGGACUGUGUUGAGCCAUGACUUUAGCGUCAUGUGGGAGACCUGACUCUGGGAAACAGCACACACCUCAGUGUGACGUUCCUCUUUAUAUAGCCUACUAUUCUAAUUAUUAUUGCUGGUAUUUUUAUUAUUGCUAUUAUUAUUAUUUUAUUUUAUUUUUUAUCAUUUUUACAAUAAGAAUUGUUUGUAUGUUGGCUGCACAUAAGACUUUUUGCAGGAAAUCUUUAAUAUCCAUGUUGCCAUGUGUCACAGUGACAACUAUUAUAUGGGAGGUUUCCUGCAUAAAGUCCGUAAUUUUUUAUUUGUGUGUGUGUGUGUGUGUGUUUGUAAUUUGAUUUUUGUAUGGAUUUUGUUUCUUUCUCCAGAUCAAACUCAAACCUAGCAGUCAGUGUUUGUUGCAGUGAAAGAACGCCUCAUUUGUAUUCUGUCACAUUUUAUGGAAACAAUUUGUACAACUUAAAAAGUUCUUAUUUUAGUAUACAUGCAGAAUAUUCCAGUAUUAUGACAAACGUGUGAAGAAGAUAUGAAAGUGACAACAUCACACUUAUAUUUUGGGAACAUUGUACUUUUGCUUUACUAUGUGCUUCAAACUAUGGAGCAAAAAAAUCUUUGAA